CUGCCUUUGUUGAAAGCUGAAUGGUAGAGUUAUCAGGGAGGAGCCUGUUCCAUAAAAGGGAGAAAGAAAAAUGAAGUCCAGAGACUACAGACCCGCAGUUUUCCUGCUUGUCUCUCUGCUGUUCCAGUGCGACUCAGGGCGAUCCUGCCUCAGGGAAACCCACACACUGCACUAUAAACUCACAGUCGUGUCUCCAGAAGACUAUUGGCAGCCCCUAUUGCUGAUCCUGGUAUACAUUGAUGAUGAGCUCUUCCUAUGCUACAAGGGGGACAGCAGAAGAGCAGAGGCCUGUGGGCCCAGGAUCAAGGGACAUGCAGGAGCUGAGACCUGGACAAGAGAAACUGAGGACUUCCAGAAGAAGGAGGAGCAACUCUGGAGAAUGCUGGCCGGGGUCACUAACUAUCAGGGCCAUAACAUGGGCUUUCACACCCUCCAGGAAACCUUGGGCUGUGAACUUCAGGGAAACAGGAGCACUGGAAGCUUCUGGCACUUUGGCUAUGAUGGGCAGGACUCCCUCACCUUUGACCAGAAGACUCUCACGUGGACAACGGUCGUGCCCUCCACCCAGCAGACCAAGAUGGUCUGGGAGACACAUGUGCCCAGGGCUGAUGGAGUUAAGGCUUUCUUGGAGGACGUAUGUCCUGCUCAGCUCCAGGGAUACUUGGCUUUCUUGGAGAACUUUCCACUGAUUACAGGCCUCCCAGAGGUGAAGGUGACCAGCAGGAGAUACCCAGUGGGCAGGAUCACCCUGACAUGCUGGGCUUUUAAUCUGUGUCUUCCUGUGGCUACCCUGGUCUGGCUUCAGCAUGGGAAGCCGGUACAGCAGUUUGUCUUUGGGCCCAGGACCAUCCUGCCCAGUGGGGACGGGACCUACCAGACCUGGGUGUCUAUUUGGAUUCUUCCUGGACAGGAGCCAGAGUUCACGUGCCACCUGAGACACCAAAGCCAUGAUAUCAAGGUCCCUGCUGCCUCUGGGCACGGCACUGAGUACUUUCAUGAUGCUACCGGCUCUGCCAGGGCCUCGGCUGUUUCUGCACUCCCCGCUGUGUUGCUCAUGAUGCUGACUGGAGCCCGCUGAAGCCAGGACACAGGACAGGAAGACACCAGAGGGAGUAACAAUUGGAGGCCCUGGCAAGAUCAAGACCCCACUCCCAGUCCAUAUUCUGAAGCCACACCUUCACUCCAGGACUCCAGAACCCAAACGCUGCCUUGGAAGGCGCACGCCUUGAAAAUGUUCCAAGACUCCAACGCAUGCUUUAGGUUUGGCAGAUUGUUGCAGGCAGCUGCAGCUCUAACAGGAAAGCGGGAGGAACCUGUCUGAGAAGUGUUCCUUUGGUAAGUCAUAGAAGGUGUCUCCUUCUAUGGCAGUGUUUCUCAACCUGCAAGUCUCAACCAACAAAAAAAAAAAAAAAAAAAAAAACCGUAUUUCCAAUGGUCUUAGGAGCUGACACCCCACUCAGUAGCAAAAUUACAAUCAUGAAAUAGCUACAAAAUUAAUCUUAUGAUUAGGGGUUCCUAAGACCAUCACAAAUAUAUGCUUUCCAUUGGUCAUGACCCACAGUUUGAGAACCCCUGUUCUGGAGCUUCGAUACUGGUUCUGGUGAGAUCCCAGCUAGUGGGCAGAGAAGUACCUGAUGAGGUACACGAAGUCCUGUCCAGGGCAAUAGCCAGGUGUUACACUGACCACUGAUUUUGGUGCCUUAUUCUUGGUCCCCCGGGGUUCUGUAUUCUGUUUGUCUCCUGCCUGGGACACUAGCAAAAAAAAAGAAACCACCCUACCCACCCAGUUCUUAGAUGCUGGGGAACAAGAAAGAAAUCAGUCAAGCCUAAACAAAAAAAAAUUUUUUUGGUUUUAUGAGACAGGGUUUCUCUGUAUUGUUUUGGAGGCUGUGGAUCCAGCCUGGCCUCGAACUCACAGAGAUCCGCCUGCCUCUGCCUCCCGAGUGCUGGGAUCAAAGGUGUGUGCCACCACCACCAGGCUAAGCCUAAACAAAUUUAUGAAUGAAGGUAGGCACCAUAUUUCUUUUGAUUAGUCUUUUUCAGCUGCAUGAAUGUUGUCUGUGCUAUGUUUAAUGGUUUUGAUUUUUGCUGCCUCUGUCCCUUGAACGUUUUGUGUUCUAUGGUUUCAUGUUUUGAUCUGUCUGUCACUUUAACUCCUCCGCCCCUGCCACGCCCCCUCCACCUGCCACAGCAACAGCCACUGAAGCCCACAGUCAGAGAAAACUGGUUUCCCGCUGCUAGGUGCAGGCUUUGGGCGCACGUGCCUGGCCAGGGCAGGUGGACGGACAUCAAGGACUAGAAGAGCAAACUCCCAGAGGCGGAUCCUAGCGGAUUGUUCACUUCCUUCCUUCCUGGCGCUUUGUCCCGGGAAAACCCACGGCCUACAAAGAGGGGAGGGGAAGCAGACCCGUCAGGGGAAGACGGAGCGUGGCCACUUGUGUUGUUUGCAAAGCUGCUAUCUCCUUUCUCAAGUUGCUCUGGUCCCUCGUACUGGCCGCUGAAUUCAGUUUAGCCCGGAUUCAGAUGCUUUUUAGAUAUAGACAGUAUUGAAACAUUGUUUUAUGUUGUUGUGCUUUAUUGAAAAGCUGGCUGUGGAGUUGGGUUAUUGCUCCUGCUUCUAUAGAACCAACGGUGCUUACUUAAAGGUUUCCUGUCUGCCCUAUGACAGAUGAGACACCUGACUUUAUGACAAAAAAAAAAAAGAAUGAAAUGGACACAAAAAAAAAAAAAGCAAGAUGAUGGUGGUGCACACCUUCAAUCCCAGCACUCAGGAGGCAGAGGCAGGUGGAUCUCUGAGUUUGAUGCCAGCCUGAUCUACAGAGAGAGUUGCAAGAACAGACAGCCAGAGCUACACAGAGAAACCCUGUCUAGGAGCAAAAUUAGAAAAAAAAAAAGAACAAAAACAAAAAGGAACUCAAAGGGAAAUGAGGGUUUCAAAAAUGCUGUCCCAGAGGGAACGCUAGAGCAAAGAGAGCAUCUUAAAGUUUGUCUUGCCUUACAACAAAAAACAUUGACUCUGGUAACGUGCACAAGCCUUUUGCUGGUAACAUGCACAAGCUUUUUGCUGGUUCUCCAGGAUUGUGAACUGUAGCAGCCACCUCGAUCAAACGCUGUCCUUUCUAAGAGUUAUAGUGGUGUCUCUUCACAGCAAUGGAAACCCUCACUAGGACAGAAGUUGGUACCGGGGACUGGGGUGUUGCUGUGAUAGACCCGACCAUGCUUUUGUUUGGAAGAAUACGGACGCUGGGGCUGUGAAUGAGAAAGGCAGGUGAACGCUUUAAGUGAUGCUUGACGGGCCAUCCUAGUAGGAGCAGAGAAGACACUGGUGCUGAGGCUGAUUUAAGCUGGGGGGUGGGGCGGCUGGCUCCAGACGCUUCAGAGGAGAGGAGUUUUAGUAUGUGACCCAGAGCUCGUUCUUGGGAUGUCUGGGUGAAGAAAGUGGCUGCUUUUUUGCCUUUGUCCAAAGAGUCUGUCUGAGGCUAAAGUGUCGAGUUUUGGAUUGAGUCCACUGGCAGAGGAAAUCUCCAAACAGCCCAGUACAGACUCUGUUGUGGUAACUCUAAUGACGAUUUAUAAUGAAAAGGAGCAAGCUGAGCAGGGUAAGUUACAAAAUGCAAAAUUUUAAGGAGAAAAAAACACCAAAAAGUGGAAUGGAACUAAGUCCUUUGUUCAAGGACAUAAAGAGAUUAAGAAAUGGGAUAAAGGAAGUGUUGACUUUGGGGCAACCCAGCUAAAUUUACAGUGUGUGAAAAGGAAUUAAAGAAAAGCAGGGAGCGGAGUAUGGUGGUGAACACCUUUAAUCCCAGCACUGGGGAGGCAGAGGCCCGCAGACCUCUGAGUUCUAGGUCAGCCUGUUCUAACCACUGAAAGCAGAAAGUUGGUGAGGAUGAAAUUGAACAAGGGGGCCAUGUUCCAGCCACAGUAAGCAGCAGGACUUGGCAGCUUUGGCCACAUGGUUCUGGAGUUAAGGACAGAAGAAAUGGGUUAUGGUAUUUACUCCCCCCAAGUAAGGAAAGCCAUUGAGACCCAGGCAUGUGUCAGGGGUGUCCCUGAAUGGAGGCCCAGAGACGCCAUUGUGGGAUGCUGUGAAGUUGAAGCCUGGAUUGCCUUGGAGACCCCAAAAUGUUAGAGAUGUCAGAGUCGUGGGACACCUGCUGAGGAUAUUUGCAAGCAGGGAACGGAACCACCCAAGAGAAAGAAGUGGAGUUGAAAAUCUGAAGAGUGAUUUGACACCAGACACGGAGACGCAAAGUUUGGAGCUCGCCCAGCUGGUUUUCUGUCUUGCUUUGGUCCAGUAUUUCCUCACUAUGCUCCUUUUCCUACAUUUUUGGAACAGUAAUGUAAAUCCUAUGCCAUUAGAUGUUGGAAGUAUGCGAUCUGCUUUCUAUUUUAAUUUUACAGGGCAUUAUAGACUAUGGGGACUUUAAAGUUGGACUGAAUGCAUUUUUGCCUUAUGACAUAGCUACAAGCCUUUGAAGGCCAGGGAGUGGAAUGUGGUGGUUUCAAAGAAAAUGGUCCCCAUUAGGAUAUGCAAAAGGCCGAGGACUGACUGGCUCUUGAUGCUGGAUGUAGACAGAGCAUCAGUGGCUCUUGAUGCUGGAUGUAGACAGAGCAGCAGUGGUUACUGAUGCUGGAUGUAGACAGAGCAUCAGUGGCUCUUGAUGCUGGAUGUAGACAGAGCAUCAGUGGUUAUUGAUGCUGGAUGUAGACAGAGCAUCAGUGGCUAUUGAUGCUGGAUGUAGACAGAGCAUCAGUGGUUACUGAUGCUGGACGUAGACAGAGCAUCAGUGGCUAUUGAUGCUGGAUGUAGACAGAGCAUCAGUGGCUCUUGAUGCUGGAUGUAGACAGAGCAUCAGUGGUUAUUGAUGCUGGAUGUAGACAGAGCAUCAGUGGUUACUGAUGCUGGAUGUAGACAGAGCAUCAGUGGCUCUUGAUGCUGGAUGCAGACAGAGCAUCAGUGGUUACUGAUGCUGGAUGUAGACAGAGCAUCAGUGGUUAUUGAUGCUGGAUCUGGAUGUAGACAGAGCAUCAGUGGUUACUGUGUCCUGUUAGAUUCACACUGGGCCAACAACACACCCAUUCUAAAACACCCACUGCUAAUCAAUUUAAUACUAAGUUUGAAUGUUAAUCUUAUAAAACUACUAACUUGUUGUAGACUGUUUUUUAAAAAAUCAUUAAGGGGGAACUGGGAGGGAUGGAGGAAGGGGAAGCUGUGGCCAGGAUGUAUUGUAUAAGAGUAGAACAAAUGAAUUUUUUAAAUUACAGCGUGAGGGUUGAUAGUUCAGAACUCAGGCUCAUAUGUUCAGAACUAUGCUUGUAGUCAUGCUGCCUACAAAUGUCAUUUAUUUACAGGAAGAAGUUACAUUUAGCCUCCUAUGUGUGUUUUCAGGGUUACGCCUAAAGGGAAUAACUAAAAACACCAAUAAAGUUUAUUUAAAAUCACGUA